AUGAUAAAGGACAUUACCGAUUUACUGAGUAGAUGUGACACCUGCAACACUCUCCAGCACAACCAACAGAAAGAGACUCUCAUCAGUCAUGAGAUUCUCAGUCGCCCAUGGGAAAAAGUGGGUUGUGAUUUAUUUGAGUUUGACGGCAAGGAUUACCUGAUAUUGGUAGAUUAUUACUCCGAUUACUUUGAAAUUGAUCGACUACAUGCCAAGACGGCUACAACAGUGAUAAAGAUGAUGAAAUCACAAUUUGCACGUCAUGGAAUUCCUGUUCAGCUCAUAUCAGACAAUGGACGGCCCUUCAGUUUUUCAGAGUUUAAGAAGUUUGCUGAUAAGUUUGAGUUCGAACAUAUCACUUCUUCGCCACGCUAUCCACAGUCGAACGGCAAAGUGGGAAGAGCCGUAAAGACCGUCAAGCAGAUCAUAGCCAAAUGUCUACAUGCCAAAGCAGAUCCUUUUCUUACUUUGCUAAAAUGGAGAAACACACCAACAGAAGGAAUUGGUAGUUCUUCAGUACAGAGAUUGUUUGGAAGAAGAACAAGGACUCUCCUAACCGCAACCAGCGAAUUCCUCAAACCGAAAACUAUUCACAGAGUUGCCGACAAACUUGCCAGUAGAAAGCUGAAACAAGCUCGAUACUACAAUCGUUCUUCACGUGAUCUACCGGAUUUGCAGAUUGGAGAUGUGAGACUUAAGGCCUAUAACAAAAACAAACAGUGGCAGAAAGCAAUUGUUGGCCCACAAGUAGAUAUACGUUCCUACAGCGUUAAGACCGAAGAUGGCAGACGUUUUAGAAGAAACCGUCGCGAUCUUAGAGCUUCAAAGGAAUAUCGACCAGAUGUAGAGAUACCAUACGUGUCCACUCCAACUCGAACACGAGAAAGGGAAGAUUCUCCCGUCCGUACGACGUCUAGUCCGCUGUUGCAGGAAAUGAACCCUGAACGACCAAGUACUAUUAGUACACGGACUUCAUCUGGACGAGUGGCGCGAAAGCCAGCACGCUUUCAGGACUGUGUCUCAGUGACAAUUUUGUAA